CUCCGCCCCCGCGGCCGGCGCCUGCUGUGUGGCGGCUGAGCCGGUGCCGGAGAGCCGGCCUGAGGGUGCCCCAGGGUCGCGGCGUUUCCUUCCAAGGACUUAAAGGCGGCUCGCGUGGGGACAACCCGCAGGUUUCCCCCAUCCGCUCCGGCCUUUGCAGCUCACGCGGCCCGUCCUCAGCGCGCCCAGUCAGCCCCGCCGGGGUCCGCGUCCUGUUCUUCAGCGGCCGGACCCGGGCCUGAGCCCGAGUAAAUAACCGGCGCCAUGUCGGUGGUGGGCAUCGACCUGGGUUUCCAGAGUUGCUACGUGGCCGUGGCCCGUGCCGGGGGCAUCGAGACGAUUGCUAAUGAAUAUAGCGACCGCUGCACGCCGGCUUGCAUUUCUUUUGGUCCUAAGAAUCGGUCUAUUGGAGCAGCAGCUAAGAGCCAGGUAAUUUCCAAUGCAAAGAACACAGUCCAAGGAUUUAAAAGAUUCCAUGGGCGAGCAUUCUCUGAUCCUUUUGUGGAAGCAGAAAAAUCAAACCUUGCAUAUGAUAUUGUGCAAUUGUCCACUGGAUUAACGGGUAUAAAGGUUACUUAUAUGGAAGAGGAGCGAAGUUUUACCACUGAGCAAGUGACGGCCAUGCUUUUGUCCAAACUGAAGGAGACAGCAGAAAGUGUUCUUAAGAAGCCUGUUGUGGAUUGUGUUGUUUCGGUUCCUUGUUUCUAUACUGAUGCAGAAAGACGAUCGGUGAUGGAUGCAACACAGAUUGCUGGUCUCAAUUGUCUGCGAUUAAUGAAUGAAACUACUGCAGUUGCUCUUGCAUAUGGAAUCUAUAAGCAAGAUCUUCCUGCCUUGGAAGAGAAACCAAGAAAUGUAGUUUUUGUAGACAUGGGACAUUCUGCUUACCAAGUUUCCAUCUGUGCAUUUAAUAGAGGAAAGCUGAAAGUGUUGGCCACAGCAUUUGACACAACACUGGGAGGCAGAAAAUUUGAUGAGGUGUUAGUAAAUCAUUUCUGUGAAGAAUUUGGGAAGAAGUAUAAGCUUGACAUAAAGUCUAAAAUCCGUGCAUUAUUACGACUGUCUCAAGAGUGUGAGAAACUCAAGAAGUUGAUGAGUGCAAAUGCUUCAGAUCUCCCUUUAAGCAUUGAAUGUUUUAUGAAUGAUGUUGAUGUAUCUGGAACGAUGAAUAGAGGCAAAUUUCUGGAGAUGUGUGAUGAUCUCUUGGCUCGGGUGGAGCCACCACUUCGCAGUGUCUUAGAACAAGCCAAGUUAAAGAAAGAAGACAUUUAUGCAGUAGAGAUUGUUGGUGGUGCCACACGAAUCCCUGCAGUGAAAGAGAAGAUCAGUAAAUUUUUUGGUAAAGAGCUUAGUACAACAUUAAAUGCUGAUGAAGCGGUCACUCGAGGCUGUGCACUGCAGUGUGCAAUCUUAUCGCCUGCUUUCAAAGUCAGAGAAUUUUCUAUCACCGAUGUGGUAGCAUAUCCAAUAUCGCUGAGAUGGAAUUCACCAGCUGAAGAAGGAUCAAGUGAUUGUGAAGUCUUCCCAAAAAAUCAUGCUGCUCCUUUCUCUAAAGUUCUCACAUUUUAUAGAAAGGAGCCUUUCACUCUCGAGGCUUAUUACAGCUCUCCUCAGGAUUUGCCUUAUCCAGACCCUGCUAUAGCUCAGUUUUCAGUUCAGAAAGUCACUCCCCAGUCUGAUGGCUCCAGUUCAAAAGUGAAAGUCAAGGUUCGAGUAAAUGUUCAUGGCAUUUUCAGUGUGUCCAGUGCAUCCCUAGUGGAAGUGCACAAGUCUGAGGAAAAUGAGGAACCUAUGGAAACUGAUCAAAAUGCAAAGGAGGAAGAGAAGAUGCAAGUGGACCAGGAAGAACCACAUGUGGAAGAGCAACAGCAGCAGACACCAGCAGAAAAUAAGGCGGAGUCCGAAGAAAUGGAGACUUCUCAAGCUGGAUCAAAAGACAAAAAGACGGACCAACCACCUCAAGCCAAGAAGGCAAAAGUGAAGACCAGUACUGUGGACCUGCCAAUUGAGAAUCAGCUAUUAUGGCAGAUAGACCGAGAGAUGCUCAACUUGUACAUUGAAAAUGAGGGUAAGAUGAUCAUGCAGGACAAACUAGAGAAGGAGCGUAAUGAUGCUAAGAACGCCGUGGAAGAAUAUGUGUACGAAAUGAGAGACAAGCUUGGUGGUGAAUAUGAGAAGUUUGUGAGUGAAGAUGAUCGUAACAGUUUUACCUUGAAAUUAGAAGAUACUGAAAAUUGGUUGUAUGAAGAUGGAGAAGACCAGCCAAAGCAAGUUUAUGUAGAUAAAUUGACAGAGUUAAAAAAUUUAGGCCAACCCAUUAAGACACGGUUCCAGGAAUCUGAAGAAAGACCAAAAUUAUUUGAAGAACUAGGCAAACAAAUCCAACAGUAUAUGAAAGUAAUCAGCUCUUUCAAAAACAAGGAGGACCAGUACGACCAUUUGGAUGCUGCCGAUGUAGCGAAGGUAGAGAAAAGCACGAACGAGGCAAUGGAGUGGAUGAACACCAGGCUGAAUUUACAGAACAAGCAGAGUCUGACUGUGGAUCCUGUUGUCAAGACAAAAGAGAUUGAAGCUAAAAUUAAGGAGCUGACAAGUAUUUGUAGUCCUAUAGUUUCAAAGCCCAAACCCAAAGUGGAACCUCCGAAAGAGGAGCAGAAAAAUGCUGAGCAGAACGGACCAGUGGACGGACAAGAAGACCUCAACCCAGGCUCUCGGGCCACGGAGCAGGGUGCGGACACGGCUGUGCCUUCGGACACGGACAAGAAGCUUCCUGAGAUGGACAUUGAUUGAUUGAUUGAUUCCAACACUUGUUUAUAUUAAAACAGACUAUUAUAAAGCUUUAAGUUGUCAACUUUGUUCUAAAUAUCAACUAGAGCAAGCAAAUACUGGAGAUUUCUUAGUCAGUUUUUAGGGGAUCUUGGGGGGGGCGGGGGAUAUAGGUAAUGUAUGGAGCAUUUUGACUUCUAAAUAGUUAGGUACAGAAAUUAUAAGUGCAUUGUAUCUCUUCAUAAUGGUACUAUUUAGAAGCCCAGUUAGUGUUACUGAGCUUACGCUUCACUCCUUUUUUUUUUUUGUUUAAUCAUGCUUCUAGAAGAAUGUUUGUUUUGGAAAGCUGAGCUAUAGCAACAGCUAUGACUAGCUGCCAAGAAGGCUCUUUUGCAUUAUUACUUAAAUGGCAAGGAGCUCGAUUUAUGCUUCUAAAAUCAAUUGUAGAGAUUAUCACCAAGGUUGUGUGCUUGGUGUGGGCUGGGGUAGGGGCUCCUUCUCUCUCAGGGCCAGAGCUCGGCCUGGAAUGUGUUAACGUAGGAGAGGAUCCCAGGCAUCCUCACGCUUCACCCCCAGCCCUCCCCCUCCCUCCUCCCCUUUGGGAAAGAGCUCCCAGUAAAUGCCAUGUGCUAUUCUUGGAAAUACUCUCUUCCCUCAGAGCAAGUUAUAAACUUGAGUUUAGACUUGGAGAUACUUCUUGAAAGUGUAUUCAUGAAGACCCCAAGCGUUAAAGCGAGCUUAUUUCCUCAGUUCAGAUUAAAUACUGUCCCAUAUGGGCAUGGCAAGUCUGAGGAAAUGGUUGAUCCUUGUUCCAUUAUGGUAUAAGGAUUUGGAUCCCGGCCUGUUUGUUCAGGUGGCAGAUGUUCUGUGUAAAUUCAGCCCAAACCCCUGGGAUAAGAAUUAAAAGUUCUUAGGCUCAUUCAUGGUUACUUUUAUGUUUAAGUGUUAAUAUCUGUCAUGAACCUGCCAAUUUGUAUUUGUUCAACAGCUGACAGAUGAUGAGAAACCUCAGAUACACUGGAUUGCAUGGGAAGAGUCCUAGAUUAGCGUUGGGAACACGGAGCCCGGCAUUGCAGCGGCACCACAUUUCUUAAUAUGCAGCCAUACGGAUCAGGUGUGCCCAAGUGUUCCUCGGUGCCCUUUGGGGGCACAAGGGUAGGGAGGGGUGUUUUGGAAACGUCAAGGAGAGCCUGUAUUAAAGGCCAGAGUUGGUUACUUGCCUUAGCAACUGUUACUAUAAAAUAAGUUUCGUUGGUUAUGUUUUGGAUCUUUGUAACAACUGGUAAUCUGUGUAACAGCGUCUCUGUGAGUACUGGCCUGUGUUGGAAAUAAGCUUAUACUGUGCAUAGCUAGAAUGUGUUUUCUGUCCAUCCAGGAAGUGUCUAGAAUGUUACCGCCCUUAGGCGCUACAGAGACAACUGUGUACAGAGGGGAGAGGCUGCCGGUGGAGGUCUUCUCCCCUCUCCCCCCUCCACGGGACUCGAGCCCUGGGCCUCCAGCAUCCUCUUUUUUCCUUUCCUGGGUGUGCUUCAGGAGGGAACUUCAGCUGGCCUGCCUUGAGGCCAGUAGCCCCUCAAAGUGCUGGCUGCGGGAUUAAGCCAACUCUUAUGCAACUGACUCAGUCCUUAAUGGCCAUUUCUUCUAAACAUUGUGUGUGUGUGUGUGUUGCGGGGAAGGGUUUGGGUGUCGGGAUGGGGGUGGAUUGGAAAGUUAAAAACUAGAGGAAAAAUAAAAUGUGGUCUGCUUGCCCUCUGUAUAGACAGGCUGUAAGACCAGCUAAAUUUCCAUGGAGCAGGCCAGAGAAUGGGGAUUGAUAACUUGUGUGCAAACAAGUAUUUAUCCAGGUUGCGUUAUCCAAAUUGGUUUGUUAAAACUCCACAUUCUUACACUAAAGAAAAAUACUCAGUAAACAUGAGACAAGUUUAGGAAAAACUAAUAAAAGAAACCUGUCUUAAACGCA